CAUAGUUGGCAGUGUCUGCUUGGCCUCUUUUGUUUGUAGUGUUCAUGUACCUGGCAUGGCGACCCAUUUUCCAGCGAGCGUUCCACUCUGGGCGGCUCCGCCCAUUCUCGUGGAGGGCUCGCAGACGGCCAGUGCAACUGCCAGGAGAGGGAUCCGCGUGGUGUGACGUCUUCACCCUGGGAUCCGCCGUCACCAUGGGGCUCCUGUCCGUCACCGUGGCGAAGAGCUGGGUCCGAUGCGAUGAAGAGUUUAGAGAGCUUCACCUGUCCCAGCGUGAUGAAGCUUUGCUCCUCUCCGUGUUGGACGGUGGUGUGGCGAACUUGCAGAAGUGGACGCAGGCCCCAGCAUCCUGGUGGGAUGACAGCAGACAGAUCCGCAUCUCUGGUCUGAAGGAUUGUAUGCACUACAUCAAAAGGCUCGAGGGUUUUCCCAUCAAGCUGCAAAUGGUCACUGCUGUUUGGGAGGAGGUCGCUUUGGAUGAUCUGUUGGUCUUAUCUGAAGCUUCGGACAACUGCCUGAAGCUCACCUUUGAUCCCGUGAUCGAUACCAUGACCACACGUCUUCACUUCGGAGGGGGCAUUCGGAAGGGCCGUGUGUUGCGGACGAUGACGCGACCCACCUUAAUGGGCAUCAUCCAGGCUAGAGAGGUUGACUCGGUCUUGCGGGAGCCGGAGAUCAUGGCCGAUGGAUGGGUUGUGGGUGGAGGCUUAGGAUUGCAGUCGCCCCUCUUGGUGGACAAGAUUCAGGAAAGUGAAUAUCUGAAAGCUUUGGCAGCAGUGCCACCAAGCAAAGGAAAGGUGCGAGCAAUUGAUCACACGAGUGAAUAUCUCUUCCAGCCCUUGGAUGAUGCUGCUCGAUCCGCUUCGAGUGCAAAGGGUACUUGGAAGGUUCACUACAUCCUCUUGAGCGAAGCAGGUGGCGGGGUGCCGCUGUGGGCGGCAGAAAAGGGCGUGCUGAAAGCGAUCAUAGAUUGGUAUACAGCUGCCCACAAAGAGUGGGUGCGCCGACAAACUGUGAGUGGGUGAUUCAAUUUUCAUGUGCAGCCAGCUGUUGCUGUGCGCACAAAGUGUCCGAAGAACCUCUAGUAGGUGUAGCCAUUAGCUGCACCUGUUGUCCAGCGUGUCAAUUUUCUCCAGGCACCCUGCCUGAUGCUUGAUCGAUUCAA